AUGACCUCUCCAACACCGUUGGUAAAACGAUCCCUCUCUGAGCAAGAAACCCCGGGAGAUGAACCGUUGAGCUCGCCGGCAAAAAGGCGCCGGGUCAAUUCCGCUGAGAAAGUGCCUAUUGAGACAGCUGUCGCGCCCGAAGGUUUCGGAGAACUCAUGCCCCAAGCAAUUGCCGAAACAGAUGUCUUAGUCGAACGUGCCUUCAGCUUAAGAAGUGCACUCGGGUUUGAUGAUUUGCAAAUAGAAUGCAAUUGUCCACCAUUGCGCGGUCGAUCUGACUACCGUAUCUGGCGCCGCAAAAUGAGGCUUAUUCUGAGCCGCAACCUGCUUUUGGAUUUGGUUGAGGGGAAAAUCGGGCAACUCCCUCGAUCACAUCACUUGGAAAGCCAAUUAGAGGGUCUGAACGAGGUGGCGAGGAGAAUCAUCAAUACAAACCUAUCUGCCACUACCAGGCUGAUUGUUCGCAACAUUCAAAACCCACAAAAGAUGUGGGAAAAGCUAGAAAAACACUGCAAACCUUCCGAUUGGCGCUUGGUGCGAUCUGGCUGGCUUGAGUUACAGAAUAUCAAAUACAGCCAAUGUUAUGACGUCUGGGAGUAUGUGUAUAAGGUGGACGAUGCAUGGAGGUGCAUCUGCCUUGACCAGGAGGAUAUUCUUGAGAAACACGAAUUCGCCCGUUGUGCGAGUCUCGUGUGCUCUCUGGAUACACCGAAGUGGGAAACGUGGAAGAUGGGUUUUCUUUCUACCCACAAUAUCAAUGUCCCGAGCUGGGCAAGCCUGGUGGAGAGCUUGACAUCGGCUGAGGACAAGGGCAUUGUGUCCGAUCUGAUUGGCAUUGCAAUCUGA